UAGGUUUUUUUAGCGCCAUCUCUUUGAGCUUCUUCUCGUUCGUGGAGGGAGGGAGGCGGAGUUCAUCAACCCUAGCCAAGCUCUCUCAUCGAUUCUCGAAUUCCAUCCAUCGGUGUCGUCUAUGGAUAAGUUCAAGCUUGGCCUCCGCUCUCUUGCGCAAGAAUCAAGCUCGGAGAGCGGCGCCGUUGAUGGUUCUGGAGCUUCCGAUCAAGCCCUAGUUCUAAUGCAGAGGGCUCCCAGGGGAAUGGUUUCUAUAUGGACAUGCUCUAAGGUUUGUGCUUUCACCUUUGUUGCUGGUGUGGUGGUUGGGUUCAUGCUAGAGAGACGUUUUAAACGAUGGCUCAGAAAGCUUCUGAAAUGAUUGAAGGAUUAUCUGAGGUAAAUCAGUUUCUAACCUCAAGAUCGGUUCAUGUUGAGCAGCUUGUCAAACUGUUGUUUAUAACCUCAGAUUUAGCUUCAUCUCUUAUGCGCAGCUGCAUAGCUUUUCUUUUACCCAUUUUUGGGCCUUGAAUCUGUUUGAUUACCGGGGCUAUUUGGCUCACAUGAAUUUCAUCAAGUAAAAUUCAUAUUGUGUGAUAUAUAGCCCCCAAUCUUGACUCGCUCAUCAGGAAUUUUACUUUCUAGAUUUAUAGUUUAACAAAUACACAACUUCGAAUCGUUUAAUAGAAAUGUCAAAGUAGUUUUUUUCAUGUGAAAUGAACCUGUGAUUCAAUUGUUAUUCUAAUGCAAAUGUCACAAUGCAAAGAGUAGUCCUUCAAGAUAACACUACAUCUUUUAUUCAUGGAUAGUGAUGUGUAUAGAA